AAACUCCAAUUUGAUUCGAUUUGAGUAAUUUGACUACAUUUUUUUUAACAAAUAAAUCUCAAAUCGCAUGGUAUUGACUAGGCUGGACCCGAUCGAUACCCACCAAGCCAAAGGAUCACAACAUCACAGCAAAAGGAAGCCAUUCUAGACUGCAAGAAAAUUUCAUCUUUGUUUCUCGGUCUUCUUUGUUUCUCAGUGAAAAUUGAAAGAGAUGCAUUUGAGUGAGAAUGAAGGGAUAGAGGGGAACACGUUCGUGGUGACCGGUGGAUUGGGAUUCGUGGGUUCUGCUCUCUGCUUGGAGCUGCUCCGGAGAGGUGCUCGCCAGGUCCGAGCCUUUGACUGCCGACCCACCUCCCCUUGGUCACAUGAUCUCGCCUCCCAUGGUGUCCGCUGCAUCCAAGGUGAUCUUGUGCGGAAAAAGGAUGUUGAGAAAGCUAUAAGUGGGGCGGAUUGUGUAUUCCACCUUGCUUCAUAUGGCAUGUCUGGGAAAGAAAUGCUCCAGUUUGGUCGUGCUGACGAGGUGAAUAUUAACGGAACUUGCCAUGUCUUGGAAGCUUGUGUUCAGUAUGAAGUCAGGAGGCUUGUAUAUGUGAGCACAUACAAUGUUGUGUAUGGGGGCAAGGAGAUACUGAAUGGGAAUGAAAGCUUACCUUAUUUCCCCAUCGAUGAUCAUGUUGAUUCAUAUGGCCGUAGCAAAUCUAUUGCUGAACAGUUAGUUCUAAAGAGCAAUGGGCGUCCUUUUAAGAAUCGGAAUGGGAAAUGCCUUUAUACGUGUGCCAUACGCCCAGCUGCUAUCUACGGGCCUGGUGAGGAGAGGCACCUCCCAAGGAUAAUGUCCCUAGCAAAAUUAGGUCUGCUGUUAUUCAGGAUUGGCGAUCCAAGCGUGAAAAGUGACUGGAUCUAUAUUGAUAACCUUGUACUUGCUCUAAUAUUGGGAAGCAUGGGACUUUUGGAUGACAUUCCCAAGCAAGGGUAUCACCCAGUUGCCGCUGGCCAAGCAUACUUUGUUUCUGACGGGUCUCCAAUCAACUCUUUCGAAUUCCUACGUCCGCUGCUGAGGAGUGUGGGCUAUGACAUACCAAACACAUCUUUAGCUGUCCCUCAUGCUCUUGUUUUAGGAAAGAUUUUUGGAGCUGUGUAUACUGUCUUACACCCAUGGUUGCAUAAAUGGUGGCUUCCCCAGCCAUUGAUCCUUCCUGCCGAAGUGUAUAAGGUUGGUGUUACGCACUACUUCUCCUUCCUUAAGGCAAAGCAGGAACUUGGAUAUGUACCUAUGGUGACACCCAAAGAGGGCAUGGCAGCGACUAUGUCAUAUUGGCAGGAAAGAAAGAGGAAAACUCUUGAUGGGCCGACCAUAUACACAUGGCUAUUUUGUGUGAUUGGAAUGAUUACCAUGUUUUGUGCUGCUUACCUACCUGAAAUAGGACCUGUACCACUGUUGAGAGCUAUUAGUCUUUUCUUCUUCCGAUCAAUGUUCAGUAUAAGGGUGGUGUUCCUCAUAUCAGCAGGUUUACACAUUGGUGAGUCUAUAUAUGCAUGGAAACUGGCUAAAAGGGUUGAUCCUGCAAAUGCAAAAGGAUGGUUUUGGCAAACAUUUGCUCUUGGAAUCUUUUCUUUGCGGUAUCUAUUGAAGCGAGCCAAGUAGCCAGUCUUCUGGAGUAGAAGAUGAUGAAAAUUUACCUUGGUAGAUUUGAAUGGUUUUUCUUAUACAGAUAGUUGAUAUGCAGGAGUUUGUGCUACUGCAGACUGAAGUUUUGAUGUAUUGUAUUUGAUCAUUUGAUGUACAACAAUCUCCUCUGGAGGAACAAAGAAAUCGUUAAUGUACAUGAAUUAGGAGGCUAAGAUUCAAUC